AUGGAUGCUCGAUUGGCCCCGGCAUUGGCCGACAACAGGCUAGGGUCGUUGGUUCGCGCUCCUACAAUGAAUCUCAAUCGCGAAGGAACCAGUCUCUCCCGUGUCGAUCCUCUCAAGCAGAUAUUCAGGAGCUUGUUCGAACUCAUUCACCCCUCUGCUCGGGGUCAUGUUGUUGCUGUCAUCGGCGAAUUCCUUGGUACCCUCAUAUUUGUCUUCCUGGCAUUUGCUGGUGUCGAGGUGGCCGGUGCAUCAUCCAACAAAGAACAGGGAGAUGGGGUUUCCACAGCUCCGCCUGCUGCCUCGCCAGCGCAAUUGCUCUAUGCUUCUCUGUCUGCUGGUUUCAGUUUAGUCGUCACUGCAUGGACCUUCUUUCGCAUCAGUGGAGGCUUGUUCAAUCCCGUGAUAUCACUCGGCAUGGCUUUGAUUGGCGCCAUCACUUGGGCCAGGUGCGCACUUCCCUGCGUCGCCCAAACAGUCGCCACUAUCGCAGCCUCAUAUAUGGUCUAUGGUCUAUUCAAUGGUGGUCUGAAUACCGGUACAACUCUUGGUGGUGGAACAACCCCGGCCCAAGGAGUUGUGAUUGAGAUGCUCUUAACAGCUCAAUUGACCUUCGUGAUCUUCAUGCUCGCAGCAGAACACCAUGCUGCUACAUAUCUGGCUCCUAUAGGCAUUGGCUUGUCGUACUUCGUUGCAGAGCUUGUUGGCUUGUUCUGGACAGGCGGCUCGUUGAAUCCAGUUCGCUCUCUUGCUCCAUGCAUCGUCAAUCACUCAUUCCCUAGCUACCACUGGAUCUACUGGGUUGGACCAAUUGCCGGAGUGGUACUUUCCGUGAUCAUCUAUAAGCUUGUUAAGGCUUUAGAGUAUGAAUCAGUCAACGGAGAAGAGCACGACGAUCCUCUUGAUAUCCUACCCAGGGUAGUUCAGAGCCGCAAGCCUUCCUCAGUCGUUGCUCUUGCAAGCAACCAUUCUGGAUAUGAAUCCAUCCGAGUCUCAACACCGACACCACCUUCAUUGAAGCCAAAUCCACAAUCGGCUCCAGCCAACACAGCUUCAAAGACAGAGAUGACUCCAGCGAUGGUUCCAGCGAUGACUCCAGCAAGACCAGAGGCAGCUGCUGCCCAGGAUCCUGCAGAGAAGAAGAAGGAGAAGGUUGAUCAACUUCCGGAAUGCUUUGCUGAUUAG